AUGCAUAACCUCACACCAACUCAGUCGCAACGUUCUCUCAAUGGCAUACCACCGCCGGUAUUUAUUCUCGAUGGACAUAUCACUAGUAUUCUUUCCUUGCUUCCCGUCAAAUCUCUCCUUCGAUUUAGGUGCUUGAGUAAGUUGCAUGACUCUCUCAUCUCCAGUCCCACCUUUGUCAAAUUGCACCUUACUCGAUCUGCACGUAAUGCAGACUUUACACUUGUAUCUACCUCCGAUGACAAUGUCCUAACCUUCACAGUUUUUCGUUUGCUACAAGAUCCUCCAAGCAUUUUCAAUCUUCCAGAAGAUCCUCACUAUAAACUUGAGGACGAGCACAUACUCGACAUAGUUGGCUCUUGCAAUGGAUUGCUCUGCUUGUUUGGCAAUACUUUCACUUCCAAUUUCGACAUUGAGACGUGGAUUCGCUUUUGGAACCAAGCCACAAGGACAAUAUCUGAAAAACUAGGAUAUACUAUUCAUAACAAGCUACAUUUCCAUCAUAAUUUGACGUUUGGUUACGUUAAUUCAACCGACACUUAUAAGGUGGCGUAUUUAGUUCCAAAUACAAAUAAUGUGCAUGUUUUAAGUUUGGGCGAUAAUGUUUGGAGAAAUAUUCAAAAUUCUCCCGUGGAUCAUGGUUAUUCGAUGAAUGUUGUGAACCUACAUGAGAUUAUUAAUUGGCUGGAAAUUCGCGAUUACAACUCUCAUUAUGACCGCAACAAUAUUACUAUCAAGCAAUUUGUGAUCAUUUCUCUUGAUUUGGACACUGAAACGCAUUCUCUGCUUUUGCCACCUCAAGGUUUCACAGAAGUGCCAAUCGUUGUACCAUAUCUAAGUGUGUUAAAGGAUUGUCUUUGUUUUUCACAUGAUUACAAACAAACUCAUUUUGUAAUAUGGGAAAUGAAGGAAUUUGGAGUUGAAGAUUCAUGGACUCAACUUUUUAAAAUUAGUUAUGAUAAUCUUCAAGUAUAUGAUCACUUGAAUGAUUCGGAGUUUUAUUUGUUUCCAUUUUUCCUCUCGGAGAAGACUGAGAGUAAGAGUAAAAGGGUUCCAUUGAAAAAGAAGUACAAAAUCGAAAAAAAAGUGAAGGAGUAUAACAAAAAGAAAAGCAAAGAAGCUAAGAAGGUUCAAUUAAGUGGUAAGAGGAAGGUUGAGAAAGAUCCUGGCAUUCCAAAUGAUUGGCCUUUCAAGGAACAGGAGCUCAAAGCACUUGAAGCUCGUAGAGAACGUGCUAUUCAGGAAUUGGAACAAAAGAAAGCGGAUCGUAAAGAAAGGAAGUUUUAUAGUUGA